UUUUCAAUUCCAACCAAAAAUGCUUGCUAAGAAUUCAGUUGAAACCAACCAAAAAUCUGAUUUUUUUGGUAUUGCCAUCAAACUGUGAGUACUAAUAUCUUUUCUGCAGAUAUUUUAACCAUGGAAACUUAUUCUGCCUCAGUAUCACCUGUUAUAUGUAACAGCACAACUUUCAACCUGAAUGGAUCCCAUUUGUGUAACGAAAGCAUAUCCUCUAGAUUAGCUGAUAAAUCCGAACACCAACAAUACGUUAUUGGCCUUUUCUUAUCAUGUCUUUACACAAUAUUCCUUUUUCCUAUUGGUUUUGUGGGAAACAUUCUGAUACUGGUUGUCAACAUUAGCUUUCGGGAAAAAAUGACAAUCCCAGACCUUUACUUCAUAAACCUGGCAGUGGCUGAUCUCAUUCUAGUGGCCGAUUCUCUCAUUGAGGUGUUUAAUCUUGACGAGAAAUAUUACGAUAUCACCAUCAUCUGUACCUUUAUGUCUUUGUUCCUUCAGAUCAACAUGUAUAGCAGCAUUUUCUUUCUGACAUGGAUGAGUUUUGACAGAUACUUAGCCCUGGCCAAAGUAAUGAGGUCCAACUUAUUUCGCACUAUGCAGCACGCUAGACUGAGCUGUGGGCUCAUAUGGAUGGCAUCCAUUUCGGCAGCUCUAGUCCCAUUUACAGCCGUGCACUUACAACACACCGGAGAGGUCUAUUUCUGUUUUGCAGAUGUAAAAGAAAUCCAGUGGCUAGAGAUAACCCUGGGGUUUAUUAUCCCCUUUGUGAUCAUCGGUCUUUGUUACUCAUUAAUUGUUCGAGUCCUUAUAAAAGCACACAAGCACAGGAGUCUCCGGCUGCGGCGACAGAAGGCUCUGCGCAUGAUUUUUGUUGUUGUCCUGGUUUUCUUUAUCUGCUGGCUCCCUGAAAACGUCUUCAUUAGCGUCCAACUUCUCCAGAGGAAAAGCGAGCCCGUCUCCUCAAACAGCCCAUCCUUCAGGCAUGAUUAUCCUUUAACAGGACAUAUUGUGAACCUAGCAGCUUUUUCUAAUAGCUGCUUGAACCCCUUAAUUUACAGCUUUCUGGGGGAAACCUUCAGAGACAAACUGCGACUGUACAUUGAACAGAAAACAAAAAUGUCAACACUGCAUCGCUUCUGUCAGGCUGCCCUAACGUCUGUCAUUCCUGACAGUAAUGAGCAAUCAGAAGUCUGA